AAAACAGAGUUGGAAGCACACGGUGAAACCUACCCUUCUUGUCGUUUCCGUGACAACGAAUUCUGCGUAAUGUCAAAACAAUACGCGCGCAUAAACCGAAUUGAUGCAACCGCGUGUUUCGUAGCGUAAUAACUUUCACAAUGUCUACGUUCAUUGAAAAUGUGUAUAUUAAGGACGGAGAAUACACGAAAACGAUAUACACUAUGAUAAAAGAACAGCGAUACACAGAAACCAUAAAAAUUUUGCUAAAUCUUUUAGAUUCACAUCCUAAUUCUAGGCCUUGCUUAUCGCUCCUGGCCCACUGUUACUUUUAUACGCAAGAUUUCGUGGCAGCAGCUCAAUGUUACGAGAAAUUGGUCCAACUGUGCCCGGAGGAAAAUAUCUACAAACUUUAUUACGCCCAAUCGUUGCAUCAAGCUUGCAUGUAUCAGGAGGCAUGGGCGGUUUGCUCGAGCAUCAUCGAUCAGAGCAACUUGGAGUACAAAGUAAAGAAGUUACAGGCAGCUAUAAAAUACGGCCAAGAAGACAUAGUGGUGGCCAAGAAUCUCGUGGAUCAGUGUCCCGCUGAUGACGUCGAUACGGAAAUUAAUCUAGGCUGUUUGUUAUACAAGGAGGAACAAUUCGAGCAGGCUCUGAAGAAAUUUGCGAAUGCGUUACAAAUUGCAGGAUUCAGGCCUCAUUUGUCAUAUAACGUCGCCUUGUGCUAUUUCAAGUUGAAAGAAUACGCAGCGUCGUUGAAACAUAUCGCAAACAUUAUCGAGCAAGGUAUACGGGAGCAUCCGGAGCUGAGCGUGGGAAUGACCACCGAGGGUAUCGAAGUCCGAAGCGUCGGCAACACAUUGACUCUGCACGAAACGGCACUAACAGAAGCGUUUAAUCUCAAGGCCGCUAUAGAAUAUCAGUUGCAAAAUUAUGACGCUGCGAAAGAAGCGCUGACCGAUAUGCCGCCGCGUUCGGAGGAAGAGCUCGACGCUGUUACGUUACACAAUCAAGCACUGAUAAAUAUGGACACGAAGCCGGGCGAAGGAUUCGAGAAACUGCAGUUUCUGCUGCAGCAGAAUCCAUUCCCACCAGAGACUUUUGCCAAUCUGUUGCUCCUCUACUGUAAAUAUCAAUAUUACGACCUGGCCGCCGAUGUUCUGGCCGAGAAUGUGCAUCUAACUUACAAAUAUCUGACACCGUAUUUGUACGAUUUCCUGGAUGCUCUGAUAACGCAACAAACAUCGCCGGAAGAGGCGUACCGCAAAUUCGAUGAUCUCGCUAAUAAGCACACGGAGGCGUUGCGCAAAGCGACGAAGCAGGUGCAAGAAGCGAGAUUAAAUCACGACGACAAUGCCGUUAAAAAGGCUGUCAACGACUACGAGGAAGCUCUGGACCGAUACGUGCCGGUUCUAAUGGCGCAGGCGAAAAUUUAUUGGGAUAUAGAGAAUUACACGCAAGUGGAAAAGAUUUUCAGGAAGAGCGUCGAAUUCUGCAACGAGCACGAUGUGUGGAAGUUGAACGUCGCUCACACUCUAUUUAUGCAGGAGAAUAAAUUUAAGGAAGCGACAGGCUUCUACGAGCCGAUCGUUAAGAAAAGAUACGACAACAUCCUCGAUGUAAGUGCCAUAGUUCUCGCCAACUUGUGCGUUAGCUAUAUCAUGACUUCGCAGAACGCGGAAGCUGAAGAGUUGAUGAAGAAGAUUGAAAAGGAGGAAGAAGCGGUGUCGUUCGAGGAUCAGGACAAGAAGCUUUUUCACUUGUGCAUCGUGAAUCUGGUGAUCGGCACGUUGUACUGUUCCAAAGGUAACUACGAGUUCGGCAUAUCGAGGGUCAUGAAGAGUUUAGAGCCGUACAAUAAGAAACUUGGCACCGACACCUGGUUCUACGCCAAGAGAUGCUUCCUCUCUCUCUUGGAACAAUUGACAAAACAACUGGUGGUUUUGAAAGACUCCACGCUACAGGAGUGCAUUCAAUUCUUGGAGCACUGUGAAGUUUAUGGCAAAGACAUCAUGACUGUGAUAGAACAGCCGUUUGAUAUACAAGAUAUGCUCAAUGUCGCUCCGCAAGGUAAACGGACGGUGGUCUACGAGGCGCGCUAUCUUAAAGCGCUAUUUUUAAAGUUAUAAAAAGUACAUAUAAAUGUGUGUAUAACAAAUGAUUUAUGUAUCUCUACGCGCGUACUAAUAUACGGAAAUAUAUAUAUAAAAAAAAAACGUAUGAAAGAACAUCAUA